AUGCUUCCUCCCAAUCACUUGUUGGUGGAGCCUAGUCUGAUCCCACAAGCAAGCAAACAAGGUUCAUGGGAAGCCUCCACAAGCCACCAAUCUGAGGAUUCUUCGAAGCUAGACAAGGUCAUACCUCUAAACCCCAAUGCUCUUCCUCAGACAUUGGAACCGGAUGACAAAGAUAUUGGGGGCAUUUAUGACCAACGCAUCAAACGCGAAAAUUGGGCAAUUGAUAUAUCUGAAAGACCUUACUUGAGGUACCUCAAAUCUCUUAGCAAAGGGUGGCCUCACAUAACAUGGUUAGCGGAUUUUAUGGAAGUUUCAACUACACCCAUAAAAUGGAAAGUACUUGGCGAUAAGGAUAUCGAAGAACGGGCGAGGAAGGUGAAAGUCGCUGUCAUUGAGUACGGGAACUCGUAUGUCAAGCCAACUGAAUCUCAUAUUGAUAACACCGAAGACCUCCAGACCUUUCUCGAGAGCACAGCUGAGCCAUCUUAUGCACGGCUUUUCGUUGUCGAGGACCUAUCACGAGAUGUUAUCGAAGCUCUGGGUGCAAAGUAUGAUGUUGAUCCUCAAUAUUUCAGAAGUCAUAUUGAGGACUAUCUGUGGAACCAGGAGACGGACGCUUUCACCGACUUGAACGGUCUCCCACACCAAGCCAAGACACGUAAUUACUUCAAUCUGAGGUACAUGAGAGCAAGAUACUUUGAGUCUGAAAUCGUUAUCCGAGAGGGAAAGAGCGAACUGGGGCACUGGAAUGUUCUCAGAAGUCUAGAGGAAGACCUGAGCUGGAAAGUGCGCGCAAUUCGAAAACCGAAAGGCCCCACGGUGGGUUUGGUACGGAGCAAGACUGCACUUUGGAUCCGUAAGAACAAAGAGGAAGAUCAUGGAAUACUUGGCAUUCUUGUGGUUGAUCCAACCCUUGAAGCAGGAUAUCCCCUAUGGGAGGGUCCAAGAAAUUUACUGCCUUGCCCAAGCAUCCACGAUACAGUAAUUGACCAAUAUGGCCCUCACGGAACCCUUUUUGAGGACGUCUGUUAUUACGCUUGCAACAUGUCCAGCGAAGAGAUGAAAGCAAUUGAGAAAGAUAACCGAGUUUUGGGCUUGCCGAUCAUUAGUCUUGUGACUGCUGACUGGAUGCGAGUGAUUGAUUAUAUCAUUACUGGUCUCACUAGAAUUGAGUAUCGACUCGAGCACCCGUUAUACCGCCCGGAUACGAACCUGCCAGCUUUGCUAGAUCGUCUUCAUCCCCUACGUCGGCUUCUUCCCACAUAUCGAACCAUGAUUUCCGAGACUCUUAAUGCAAUUCUCGAUAUCGAGCAAGAACAGAACUCAAAUCAAAGCUCGAUAUACAUUCAACGUCUUAACUCAGAUUUCAAAAGCCUCCUCGCUAGAGUCGAAGAACUACAAACCCGCACCCCAAACAUCAUGAGCCUUGUCACAACCAUCAUCGGCGUGGAACAAAACCAAAUCAGCAUGGAAGAAAACCAACAAGCACGUGAAACUAACGAGAAUCUUGCUCGUGUCACCUACGUAGCGGUCAUAUUCGCGCCCAUGGCUUUCAUCUCUAGUUUCUUCAGCAUGGAAGCGGAUCUGAGAAAUUUGAAAGAAACGUUUUGGAUAUAUCUUGUUGUUUCAAUACCUGUUACGCUAGCAUGUCUCUUUGUUGCAGACGGAAGGAAUCUAAUUGCAAAAUCCCACGUUCCUCUUCCGCCGAGCUGGCGAAGUCUCCUUCGACUGAAAGGUAAUUCAGGGAACGGAAUUGAUCAGACUCCGCCGCGGCCGUCAGACAAUCCGCAAUUCUAUUCUGGCAACCUCACCAGCAACGCCCACGACCACCAGCAUAGUCAUUCGCUCAGUCAAACACAAUACGAACUCUCGGACUUUGCAAAUCAAACUACGUGUUCUGCAUUCGUGGAAUCACUUCUUGUACACGCACCGGACAAUCUCUCUACCGUGGACCCUGAUAACUAUCUUGGUUCAGACACCUGGCACGGGAAUCUUAGCAUCGAACCCAGUGACUCAUGGUUGCUGGAUGAUGUUAACCUCCUCCCCUCGAACGACUUCCAAACCGACCCCCUCUUCACCACGGCGCCAUUUGAUCUAUCAAUCCCUUCACUAUCAAUGCCAUCCAUGACAUUUGUGAACCCUGUUUAUCAAAGUCAAACAGAAACACCACAACUAUCUGACUCUCCAGAGUCGAAUCUAUCACAAGAAUUCUCACAAUCUCCCAAUGACAUGAUCCUGUUUCCCGAUACAGCAAUCACCAAAAGCCCACACGUACCGUCAUCCACAACGGCUUCAAAGUCUCCUUCCAGAUCACCAAACUCUACCUCCAACAACCCUUCCAAAGUUCACAAACGCACCCUCAACACUCUGGCAGCUCGUCGCUACCGGCAGAAGAGAGUGGAUCAAGUGAGCAGCUUAGAAUCAGCUCUCAAGGACACUGAAGCCGAGAGAGAUGAAUUGAAGAUUCGAGUCGCGAGAUUGGAGGGUGAAGUUCAGGUCUUGCGUGGGUUAAUGGGAUCCAAGUCCUAG